AUGCCUGCAAGGCAAGAGGCAAAUUUAACGCAAAUACGUCGUUUAUUGUCACGUUGGGAUCAAGGAUCGAUAAAAGUUCGUCGACAAAUCUUAUUAGAUUUUAUUGAUUUACAUACGACAAUAACAGAACCAGAAUUGGAAAAUGAGUUUGCUCAAUCGGCUAGUCUCUUUUUUACACGUAUUACAUCAUGGUUAAGAAUAACAUAUUUAUUCGGUACAUGUUUAAAUGAACAACUACGAUCAUUAAAAGUCUUUUUACAAUCGUCCACGGGUAACAAAUUUUUAAAUGAAUUUCUUGAUGUUGGUGGUUUGUUUACGUUACUCGAAAUUCUUAAUGUCAAGCAAAUAAAAGAAGAAGAUAAACAACAGGCACUUGAAUUAUUAAAAUUAAUAUCUGAUAAUGGUCGUAUGUAUAAAGAAUUAAUUUGUCAAUCAUAUGGUGUACGAGCAAUUGCUGAAUGUAUGGCAAAAUCAGCCAAUGAUAAUACUCAACAGGCGGCACAAAAUCUGUUAGACUGUUUAUCACAUGGCAAUCCAUUAUACGAACAACAAGUUUAUAAAGGACUUAUCGCUAUUUUAUUAUCAACGUCGGCAAAAGCUCAAGAAUUAUCUGCCUCUUUAUUAUGCAAAAUUCAGCCAAUAAUUGGUCGUGUACACGCUAGCAUUAUUGAACCAGUUAUUAAUUUAUUACAAUCUCUUCAUGCUGAAGUACAAUAUCAAGCUAUUGAAUUAAUACAGAUUUUAAUUAAAUAUGACGAAAUAAGCGAUCAAAUUAUUCAACAACUCGUACAAUGUUUGAGAAAAGAACAAAAUGCAUUAUCAAAUCUUCCCGAUGAUAACGAUGUUGGUAGUAGUAAACCAACGGCACAUUCACAUAAUAUUGUAGAUAGUUUAAAAGGUCCAAUGCCAAUUUAUGUUCAACAAGCGGCCGCUGUUAAAUGUAUUAGAACAUUAGCAAAAAAGUCAAAUGAAUUAGCAAAUAAAUUUCUUCGAUUACAAAUCGUUAAUGUAUUACUGUUUGUUAUAGGAAAUGAAGAUUAUCCAGAAAGUCAACGACAAGCAACGUUGACGUUAGAAUAUUUUGUUAAACAUUAUCCUGUUGUCUAUGAUUCUGUAUUCAAAGCACUUGGUGAUCAAUUAUUUGAUAUGUUUUUGAGAGAUCCAGAUAGUUUGUAUGCAAAUAUGACAGUUGUUCAAGCAGAUGUUUGUCGAUCAAACCGUGUUAUUAUCGAUAUGGAAGACAACUAA